AUCAAACGGGGCCUUGUAUUAACUGAGCCAUAUUCACAAACCAGAAGCAAGACAGUACUGGUGCAGAUGGCACUAUUUGAUUGACCUUUUGUAAUCCACAGACUGCUUUAAUGAGUUACAGGAUCCACUUUGUUCCAGCCCAGAGCUGCUUUCCUCCUCUCAUUCCUGGAGAGACCUCUGUUUUACAACCUCAGGUGCUUCUGGAUACACUUAGUGCUCACUGUACGUCACCUGGGACUGCAUGGGGUCAACCCUUACCUGACCUCUCACUGUGUUUUAAGACGCACUCGUGAUGUUGACACGCCAGAGUGUCUUUACUUUAAUGGAAAUGCCACGAGCGUGAAAGUCAUCAGGCUGUCACGGAUCUGCGCGUGGCCAUGACCGGCAUGAUAAAGAACCGGACGCUUUUUCGGCGAGGAAAACGGCUAAUGGGCGAAAGAUGAGGAGAAAAACAAUAGCAAAGCGCAUCCUGUACAAUGGAUACGAAGAGACACCCGAAGACACCGGUGCGAGGGCGAACCACGUCUUCAGUCAAGAACCGGCGAAGAGGAGAAAAGGGAGAGGUCUAAAUGGAGAGGACAUCUCAUCUUGCAAUGCUGACUAUAUUAAGUUCAAAACAAAGGCUUUUGAGGUUGACAAGCCCCUUGGAGAUGCAACAAGGCAUGCAGAUUUCACUAUGGAGGUAGUGCUUGGAAGCCUCCAAUCAUGUUCAAGGGCGGAGCUUAUCGCAAUGGUGCUCAGUAUGCAGAGGGAGAUGGACGGCCUUCGAGAGCAAAUCAGGAGUCUAACAGCUUGUGGGAAGUUGGCUCAGACACUUGAAGAGUUGAUCGAGAGGAGUGAUAGAUGGCUGUGCGGAAGCCACGAAGCUGCAACUCCCAGCAUUCCAAGGGAGGCCGAGAGAAGCAGGCCACCCAGUCACAUUUCUCCUCCAACAGUGCUUAGUGGAAGAACAGAUGAAUGUGCAAGUUCAGAGCAGCAGGGGUGUGGUCAGUAUGAGAUCACACAAACAAUGCAAACGCAAAGGAAUGGAACGCUUCUGGAACAUGAAGUUAUCAGUGCUGAUCUUCUGGAGCGCUGCAACACAGGGACCACGGCUCAGAAACUCACCAAUGACCUGCUGCGCAGCCUGUACGACAGAGACUGUCUGGCUUCUCACUCAAUCUCAGGCAUCGUUAACAGCAAGCGAGGGAUGCCUAAGCCAGCUCUUCCGGCACAUGAGAUCCAGGCCAUUCUGAGGACAGUGCAGCGGUUCUUCCCCGGAAAGACAGAUUCAGAAAUAAAGGGCUACGUUCGACAGAAGCUGCAGAAUGAGGCCAAGAGACUUCGGAAAAGGCCACACCCUGCUGAUGAUCCAUUGGUGGGCUCUUUUAAGGAGGCAGGAGCAACGUUCGAGUAUUGAGCGUUGACUUCCUUUGGACAACCCCAAUGCAUUUUGAAAUGGAAUCUAACGACUCAAAAUUCUGUUAAUAAACUUAAAAGUUCCACAAAGUUCUAUCAUCAUUUACUCAGUUUUCCUUUAUUGCAGUUCCAAAUCAGUGUGCGUACAGGUUUCGAAUGACAUGAGGGUGAGUAAAUUAUGACAGAAUUUAAAUUGUUUGAGUAAGGCUGCACAAUUAAUCUAAAUUAAACCCAAAAUCACUAUAUGGCUUAGUGUGAUUAUCAAAUCUCAAAGACUGCGAUUUAAUUACAUAAAUAUUUGCGCGGUGUUUCAGAGUGAAGCGCAGCACUGUAUUCAUUUACACGGGAGCACCUCAUGAUCUGGUGUUUUCAGUGUCUCUGAAUUUUUAUCAGAACAAUACCAAUCUGAUUUUUUCCCCAAAUCAUGCAGCCCUAUUGCUGAGUGAACUAUCCCUCUAAGAUCGUAUUUGCAAGCUGUAGAGUACGUGACAAACUAUGUGUGUAUGAUCUUUAUCAUGUUGAUUACACAAAACUGUGACUUUGUAUUGACUUGAAAUUGCAAAAUGAACCCUGGAGUCACAGUUAGAAGUAGAUUGAAAACAGUCUCUUCAGCGUACCUCCAGCAUCACUGCCAGACAUUAUCACACACUGUUUGUCGUGCGCUAAAACUUCGAACGACGUAGACUGAGCUGUGAACACAGCGGCAGAUGGUUAAGCAUCGCUCUCCUGUAAAAUUACAUGGUUGUCACUUGGUAGGGGGGUUACAUCGUGAUUGAUGUAGUUCAGACUUGUGGUAUUUUAGUUGAUCACAUGUUGAAAGUGUGCCCUGGCGUGUAAUGUGAAUAUAUUUUUUUGUGUGUGUAAUGUGAAAUACGCUCGUGCCUCCUAUAGCAUAUUGGACUCCUUACUGUGGCCUUAUCAGUCAGAAAACACAGCAGUACAGUUCUCAUUUCGAAAGCACUGUGAUUAUAUCCAUUAAAAAAAAAAACUGGUCUGU